CAUAACGAAGAAGAAGACAAAAGCAGUAUUACUAUCAGCAUUAUUACGACAGCGAAAUAAAAAUUAAAUCAAAAAUAAAAAUAAAAUUACGCAAUAUAAAUGAGGCCACGUAGAGACGUUGAUCGACGCAAAUUCAUAAACGCAGAAGCAGAAGAACAACAAGGAGAAGAAGAACCAGUUUUCAGAACCGGAAAAUCAAUUUCAAUUCCUAUUUAUUUGUGGUUAAUAUUGAAAAUAUCAAUUUCAAUGGCUGGGCAAUCUCGAAAAUGGAUGAUACUUGUUGCGACUAUUUGGAUUCAAGCUUUUACGGGAACGAAUUUCGAUUUCUCUGCUUAUUCUUCGCAUUUGAAAUCCGUUUUAGGGAUUUCUCAAGUGCAGUUGAAUUACUUGGCUGUUGCUUCUGAUCUUGGAAAGGUUUUCGGUUGGUCUUCUGGAUUAGCUUUGUUGCAUUUUCCGUUAUGGCUUGUUCUUGUCAUGGCUGCUUUCAUGGGGUUCUUUGGUUAUGGUUUUCAAUGGCUUGUUAUAAGGAAUGUCAUCUCUUUGCCUUAUAUUCUGGUGUUUCUCCUUUGUUUAUUGGCUGGAUGCAGUAUCUGCUGGUUUAACACUGUAUGCUUUGUUCUCUGCAUUCAGAAUUUCCCUGCUAAUCGACCACUAGCCUUAUCCCUUACUGUAAGCUUCAAUGGUGUAAGUGCAGCAUUAUACACUCUUGCUAGCAAUGCAAUAAAUCCGUCAUCAAGUGAUAUAUAUCUUUUAUUAAAUGCUAUUGUUCCCCUUAUUACUUCCAUUGUAGCAUUACUACCAAUUCUUCGCCAACCAUCUUUAGACGCCCUUUCUCCUGAGGAAGUUCGCCGUGAUUCCCUUAUAUUUCUCAUAUUGAAUUUCUUAGCCAUCCUUACAGGAGUUUAUCUCCUUCUCUUUAGUUCAAAUACAUCUAAUGCAACAAAAGCUUCUCUAUAUUUUUUUGGAGCAAUUUUCUUUCUCAUUUUCCCUUUGUGCAUACCUGGUGUUGUUUAUGCUAGAGAUUGGUUUCACCGUACCAUUCAUUCUAGUUUUCGCCUUGAAGGCUCUGGCUUCAUUCUUGUUGAUGAUGAUGAUCUUGAGCUUCACAAAGAGCUACUCACCCGUGAGCUAAGUAAUCAUGAAAAUGGGGAUGGAAUUAUCUAUGGAGUGAAAAGACAGAAGAGUUCAAGUGAAAAAGACGGGUGUUGUGAUACAAUGGUUGGGAAAGAUCGGCUGGCAAUGCUUGGUGAAGAACAUCCUGCAUGGGUGCUCGUUCGUAGGUUGGAUUUUUGGCUAUACUAUACUGCAUAUUUUUGUGGCGGUACAAUUGGGCUUGUGUACAGCAAUAAUCUAGGACAAAUAGCACAAUCACUUGGACAUAGCACUAAUACUGCAACUCUUCUCACCCUGUAUUCUUCUUUCUCAUUUUUUGGUCGUUUGCUUUCUGCUGCACCGGACUACAUUAGAGUGAAAAUGUAUUUUGCAAGGACUGCAUAUUUAACUCUUGCUCUUGUGCCAACUCCAGUAGCCUUCUUCUUGUUGGCUUCAUCAAGCAAAGCAGUAGCAUUGCAUGUAAGCACUGCAUUAGUAGGAUUGAGCUCUGGGUUCAUAUUUGCUGCAGCUGUUUCAAUAACAUCUGAGCUAUUCGGACCGAACAGUGUAGGUGUUAAUCACAACAUCCUUAUUACCAACAUUCCGAUCGGGUCGCUUAUCUAUGGAUUUCUUGCUGCUAUAGUAUAUGAUGCUAAUGCAAAAGGAGGCAGUGUUGGCCUAGACAUCAUUAGUGAUUCAGUGGUUUGCAUGGGAAGGCAGUGCUAUUUCUUAACAUUUUUGUGGUGGGGUUGUUUGUCAAUUGUAGGUUUAACUUCUAGCUUGCUUUUGUUCUUAAGGACUAGGCAUGCCUAUGACCAGUUUGAAAGAAAUAGGAUUGCCACGUUGUAUUAAGAGCUAGUUAGCAUUUAUAUGCUAAUUCCAGUGGUUUCCCAA